CCAUUAACAUGUAUUUAUGCCAAUGCAUGCGGGCACCAUAAAUAAGCUGCAUGGCCCUUUAAACAUAACAUCCAAUGACACCAAAGCGCGUCCGCCUCCAUGGCUUGUCACCGGUCUGACCGCACGCUGAACGAAGGAAGGAUAUUUUAGAGAUGCUGCCAGUGCUCGUCGAAGAACAAGAGAGGACAAUGAUACGAACAUGAUCAACGCCGAUGGCUUCUCAAAAUGCGAGGCGACUCUGCAAGAGAGAGGCAGAAGGAGGCCACCCGCAGAGAUGCUCCAUCUGCUGUCAGCUGUUAUUGUUUGGCUGGUGACGGGAACAACCAUCUCCAGCCUCAACAAAUGGAUAUUUGCCGUUUACAACUUCAGGUACCCUCUUCUGCUGUCAGCGCUGCACAUGCUGACAGCCAUAGUGGUGGACUAUGGGCUGAUCAAACUGCGGGUGAUCCGCCACAGAGGGGCCGAGGAGCAGGACCUGACCCACAGUGCAAAAUGUAAGGUGUUCCUGUUGAGUCUGACAUUUUGUGCUAGUAUCGCUUUUGGGAACAUGGGUCUGAACUAUGUCCAGCUGUCGUUUGCACAAAUGAUCUAUACCACCACCCCGCUCUUUACUUUGGCCAUCUCCACGUUAAUCCUGGGUAAACAACAUCACAUCCUCAAAUACACAGCCAUGAUGCCAAUCUGUCUGGGAGCCUCCUUCGGCAUCAUGGGAGAGGUCCAGUUUGAUCAGACCGGCUGCUUCUUUGUGUUUGCAGCGACCAUGUUGAGGGGUGUCAAGUCCAUUCAGCAGAGCAUCUUACUUCAGGAGGAAAAAAUCAGCUCUGUGUUCCUGCUCUACCUGAUGUCCAUUCCUAGCUUUUGCAUCUUGACCGUGGCAGCUCUAGCCUUAGAAAAUUGGGCUGUGCUGGAGUCACCGUUUCACUACGAUCGUCACCUGUGGGUCUUUAUUUUGCUCAGCUGUCUGGGUUCAGUCAUGUACAACCUGGCCAGCUGCAGCGUCAUCACACUCACCUCUGCCGUCACUCUGCAUGUCCUCGGCAACCUGAGCGUGGUGGGAAACCUGCUGCUGUCUCAGCUGCUUUUCGGCAGCGAGUUGUCCGCCCUCAGCUGUGCCGGCGCGGUGCUGACUUUGUCUGGCAUGCUCAUCUAUCAGAACUCCGAGUUUAUCGUCAGCUUCCUGGACGCACGCAGGGCCAAAGCUGAAAAUUCCAGACAGGAGGAUUUUAACACUGCAAGUGGAGAGGACUUGGACAAAGCUAGAGCACCCGAAGCAACAUGUCAUCAGCGGAGAACGGACGGGAAGCAAGAAGACAAGAUCGACUGUCCUGAAGGGAUGAAGGAGAGAAUAAAAUGUUAAACCCCGGCUGUAGUUUUCUACCCUGUGUGCCUGUAAUUGGUCAAGAGCAGCAGAGGGUGUGUGACCUUAUAAGGCCAUCAUCACUGUUGACAUGAUCUUUUUUUUAAUUUAUUUUUACUUCCUCAUUGUGCCAGUUUAUUUUUUCGUUGUUAACCCAGAAGUGUCUGCAGGAAGGAAAAGGUUGCCUUUCUUUUGUCACAGUAAUGGAAAGAUUCUCUCCUUCAUCUGUAAAUCCCUCAGACACAGCCUAUAGCGACAUAUGCAUGCAUGAGCACACUAAACGGUUUGAGACCUCAUGAGGUAUUCAAACUGUCACUCAUUCUACUCCACUGUGAAAAUGUUCUUAUUGACAGAGGGCUCUAAACGAUGUUUUGGGUGGCUGUUGGAUAAUCCAGGCUGCAGAUAGUCUUGUGUGAUGUUAAGGCUCAGAUAGCACUGUGCUUCAUACUGUACAGGCACAAUUUGUAUUAAAAUAUAUAUAUUAUUGGUACUGUUACCUGACACUCACCUGGCCCUAUCAUGGUAGGGUGCUGUUUUUUGGCAGCUUUUGUUGUUUGUAUGUGAAGCAGGAAGCUUGUUAAAUAAGAACGCUACAGCUCUUAUUUAGAGGCAGAAGUUUCAAUAAUAGACAAAGCCAACAUUUUUAUGCAAUGACACUCCUCUUCCCCUCUGCUGAAGCACAUUUUUUAAAAUAAGAGGCCUGAGCUCAGUCCUCCAUUAUUCCCACUCCCGCUUCCCACUUUAGGCCUAGAUUUUGUUCUCAGGCGGUCUCUGUAGAAUUACUCUAAUUAAUUCUAUCAGCGGUGCGCUCACUGCAGCUUUCCUCGAUAAUUAGGUUCACAAGUUCUCUAAGGAGUGUCACUCAACUUUAGAUGUCUUUUCCCUGUGGAAGAGAUGAGGAAAAAGACGACCGAGAUGUCCUUUAAGGUUGCUUCCUAAAUCCUAACCAAUGUCAUCUAGAAUUUUUUUUCUGUGGGGGGUAUUUAAA